GCUAAAUAAAAUUAUGAAAGAUUUCGUUACAAUCAAAUAUAAAAUAUAGUAAUACAAUGAUUUCUAAAUUGAGAAUCCCAGUACAGUUUUUCAUUUAAGUAUCUUGUAUGAUAUUGUUGCCCUAGCCAUCACAUUUUCGUUCUCACUCUUUUAUUAAUUCAAUUUGAACCCGGCGCCGAGUCCACUGAUAGAGAGUGAUAUUUUCCUAUAUUUAAAAUUAAAGUUAUCUUCAACGGUUUUAUCAUUUAAACCAAUUACUCGAUCUACAUAAUUACUUUUCCCUUUUUUUACAAAAAAAAAAAAAGAAAAAGAAAAAAAAAUAACUUAAAACUAAAAAGUAUGAUUAUCAAGCUCACUCACAAUCUCUCUCCCCCUCAUUUUUGAAAUUCUUCAAAAGCUAAACUCUCUCUCUCUCCCUCUCUUUCCAUCUUCAAAAGCUAAUAAGAUCAUUCUUUUCUCUCAUUUUUAUCUUCUUCAAAAGCUAAAAAGCUCUCUAUCUCUGUCUCUCUCUUUUUUUUUUUUCUUCUACUUCAAAAGCUAAAACCUUUCUCUAUCUUUCUCAUUUUCUUCUUCUACAAAACCUAAAAGCUAAAAUUUGUCACAUUUUGUUCUUCUACAAAACCUAAAACGCUAAAAUCUCUUUCAUUUUCUUCUUCUUCUUCGAAAACAAAAUAGUAAAUUCUAUCUCUCUAUCUCAUUUUCUUCUACUUAUUCAAAAGCUAAAAUCUUUCUCUAUCUUUUAAGCCAAAGUUACUACCUUUUUUGUUGCCAAUGGAAAAAAGAUUCAAACUAAGAUUCUCACGCAUAUUCCAAUCUUCAUUCUUCUCUUGUCGCUCCAAAAAAAAUUCCGACUUCCUCGUUACACACAAACCCAUUUCCAAUUCCUUAAUUUCUCCAAAACCCCCUCAAUUUUCCUCUAAUUACACUCCCAAAUUAUUUCCACCCCCACCUUCCACCUCUCCCAUUAUCAAAUCCCCACCUCUUUCCCACCUCAACGACUGUUUAUCUCGCCACAGAAACAAAUCCAAAAUCAACAGAAAAAAAUUUAAAACUCCCUCUCGGCCUGCAGGGGCGCCGGCGCCGGAGGGCUUCGGCAGCGCGUGGUGGUACGGUUGCAAUGACGAAACAGAGGAUGAAACAGAGACUCUGUUUUCUUCCAGGAGUUUAACGUCCGAUUCCUCCGUUUCACGCCGCCGCCGUCGACGGAGACAUGGUCACCGGAGACCGGAGAGGAAAGUUAGAGAUGGGUUCUUUGCGGUGGUGAAAAAUUCGUCGGAUCCUUACAAGGAUUUUAAGGCGUCGAUGGCGGAAAUGGUGGUUGAGAAGAAGAUUUUUGGAGGGAAAGAAUUGGAAGAGCUUUUACAAUGCUUUAUUUCCCUCAAUUCUCGUCAUUAUCAUAAAGUGAUUUUUGAAGUUUAUUCGGAGAUUAAAGAAGCUCUCUUUUUUAUCUGAUUUUUAGGAUUUUUAGGCUUUGCGAAAUUAGUUUAGAGGUUGCUAUGUAAACCGUUUAAUGAAUCUAUGGGAUAUUUUCUUGUCUCUCUUUAUUCAACAAUUACGAACGGAACGAAUAGUCCAUGUCAAAA